AUGACAUCCCUUUCAAGACUCCGAUUGACCAGCGCUGUUGCGCCUGGCCGAAUCUACACGCGUCCAACUCUCCGAGCCCUCUCACCAGUCUACACUUUAACUCGACUCGCAAGCACCUCAACCCGCAGACUAGACCUCCCAGCCCUCGACAAGAAAUGGCGCGCAAAAUGGGAAAGCGACAAAGCCACCCCGCGCCCAACAUCUGAAGCAACAAAGAACCCCAAAUCCUACAUCUUGUCCAUGUUCCCAUACCCCUCUGGCACGCUGCACAUGGGCCAUUUGCGGGUGUACACGAUCUCAGAUGUAAUCGCCCGGUUUUAUAAAAUGCGCGGACAUGAUGUGCUCCAUCCUAUGGGAUGGGAUGCCUUUGGACUGCCGGCGGAGAACGCCGCGAUCGAGAGGGGGAUUGAUCCUGCCGUUUGGACACAGGAGAAUAUAAAGAAGAUGAAAGAGCAGUUGAAGUGUAUAUCGGCGGAGUUUGAUUGGGAUCGGGAACUGGCUACAUGUUCGCCGGACUUCUAUGAACAUACUCAGCGCAUAUUCUUAAUGUUAUAUCAGAAAGGAUUGGCGUAUCAGGCCGAAGCGCUGGUCAAUUAUGACCCUGUUGAUAAGACAGUGUUGGCAAAUGAACAGGUCGAUGCCAAUGGAUUCUCAUGGAGAUCUGGGGCUAAGGUUGAGAAGUUGAACUUGAAGCAGUGGUUCUUCAAGAUCACUGAAUUUAAAGAAGCACUUUUGAAAGACCUCGAUUCUCUCGCUGGAGGAUGGCCGGAACGUGUUCUGACGAUGCAACGGAAUUGGCUUGGAAAAUCCUACGGUGCUAAAGUCACAUUCCCUGUGACUAUCAAAAGCGCGGGAGAUGAGCAAGUCGAUGUGAAUGUUUUCACUACCCGGCCAGACACUUUGUACGGCGUGGAGUAUUUGGCACUCUCUUUAAAUCACCCUAUCGUACUGAAGGCUGCUGAGAAGGACGAGACACUUCGCAAGUUCCUAAGUGAAGCUUCUUCAUUUGCACCGGAUUCUAAAGCAGGAUACCGACUGUCUGAUGUUGAAGUGUCCCAUCCCUUGCGCAAGAUUGAUACAGAGACUUCUCACUUGCAGAGGAAGCUUCCUGUCUUUGUAGCUCCCUAUGUUCUCAGCGACUACGGCGAGGGUGCAGUUAUGGGUGUUCCGGGCCAUGACACUAGAGACAUGAUGUUCUUCAGAGAGAAUAUGAAUGCCGAAUCGAUUCCUGUUGUGAUUGAGGCUGAGCCAACGGGUAGAGAGGCAAACAGCAGUCUCAUCCCUACACCAGACACAAAAGCUUUCACGCAAGAAGGCUUCUUGACUUCCCGCUGCGGGAAGUAUCAAGGGCUGCACUCCAAGGAGGCAUCCAAACUGAUUGUCAAUGAUCUGGAACAAGUCGGUCAGGCUGAGUUUGUUGAGAGCUGGCGUCUACGGGAUUGGCUGAUCAGUCGCCAGCGAUACUGGGGCACACCCAUUCCCAUCAUUCACUGUAGAGACUGUGGACCCGUGCCAGUGCCCGCCGAGGAUCUUCCAGUGAAACUGCCGAAGAUCGAAGGAGAGUGGCUCAAGGGAAAGAAAGGCAAUCCUCUGGAAUCCUCAGAGGAAUGGCUCCACACAGAAUGCCCUAGUUGCAAAGGUCCUGCCCGUCGCGACACAGACACCAUGGAUACUUUCGUGGAUUCAUCGUGGUACUUCUUACGGUUCUUGGACUCUGCUAACAAGGACGCACCGUUCUCCCCUGCAGUAAAGCAACCGGUGGAUAUUUACAUUGGUGGUGUCGAACAUGCCAUUCUGCAUCUCCUGUAUGCUCGGUUCAUCUAUAAGUUCCUCUCUCAGUCCGAUAACUCUGCUGCCGUCGCAGAACCAUUCAAAAUGCUUCUCAGCCAGGGCAUGGUCCAUGGAAAGACACUGUCCGACCCAUCGACUGGGCGAUUCCUUCUUCCGGACGAAGUUGAUCUCACCAACCCAAAUAAGCCUUUGAUAAAAGGAACACAAGUGACCCCCAAUAUCUCCUUCGAAAAGAUGUCAAAAAGCAAGUACAACGGCGUGGACCCGACAACUACCACGUCCAAAUACGGCGCCGACGCCACUCGCGCGCACAUCCUCUUUUCCGCACCAGUCAGCGAAGUGCUUGAAUGGGAAGAAACUAAGAUUGUCGGCAUUGAACGCUGGUUCGGCCGACUCUGGAAACUGGUCCAGGACACCCAGCAAUCCCUAACGGAGGCAUCAUUCACCGUCUCAGAGGCAGAUUUGACGUCCUCCAGCCACGCCACUUCCCUCCUUACAUCUCUUCAAGACUUGAGCAACUCUGACGCCGAUGCAAUCUUGGCCACCCACAACACCAUCGGCUCCGUCACCACCUGCAUCGAAAGCAACCCUUACAGCUUGAACACCGUUAUCUCAGACCUCACCAAGCUGACCAACACGCUUGCCUCGGCCCCAGCUUCCUCCCCUCUCAUCCUGUAUCUAUCUGUCUCAUCUCUCCUGCGCCUGCUGGCACCCAUUGCACCGGCUCUAGCCUCUGAGUCAUGGGAAGUUCUACAUACUACCACAAAUACAGCCUCUCCUACACCGAUACCAUCCAUUCUAUCCUCGCCCUGGCCCAGCACCCUCCUUACCCCCGACCAAGCCGAAACCCUCUCCUCUCGUGGUGGCCAAACGGUCGCCGUCCAGAUCAACGGCAAGCUCCGCUGUGCUGUCACCAUCCCGCGCAUGGAGUCCUCAACAGGAGCCUCCCCGCAGAGCAAGAAUGCUCCUUCACCGGAAGAACAGGAGUGGAUUGUGAGUCGGGUCCUGGAGACUGCUGAGGGGAAGUUGUGGCUCUGCGAGAAGAACGACUGGGAGAAGAGACGGCGGGUUAUCGUUGUGAAGGGAGGUAAACUUGUCAAUGUUGUCUUCUGA